GUUGCAAAACGUCAAAGAUAUUGUCAAGCAUUUGGACUAGGAACAUAUCUUUGUGUUCAAUAUGAUUUCUUAAUGUUUACACAUGAAUUCAUUGCAACCUUUAGAAAAACAGAUAAAGAAAAGAAUGACAAAAUGUUAUUAAUACCUGUAACAUAUGAAAGAAAUUUAAGAGAAAUCCCUACUUUGCCUAUUGCACGUAAAAGUGUUGUUAUGGGUACAACUUGGACAUUUAAACCAUCAGAUAAAUACACCUUUGUGCAACUUUGCACUUCAAGGAUGGUUGAAAGAUUUGGCAGAGAUUGUGCAAAUUAUGAAGAAAUUAAUAUAAAAUUUAAUAAUAAGUUAGAG